AUGUCAUCUUCCAGAGGAUCACCCGUAAAAGGAUAUGCUCUUCAAGACAAAGAGAAUAUACCACCACCACCACCACCACCAUCAGGACAGCCAGGUUUAGGUUUGAUGAAAUUAUCAUCAUCAUCAUCUUCUUCUGCUUCUUCAUCUUCUGGUUCAGUGAAACUACCUCCUAUAAGGGAUAUACACGCGACUCCAAAACCAUCCAAUCAAUCGAAUUUACCUCCUACGCCAAAUACGACCAGACAAGAUCUUAAUCUUAUCACACCCAUUCAGCCACGUAUAUUACAUCAACCUAUGAAUACAUCUACAUCAAUUCAAGGUCAGAAUUACGCGACUUUCAACCAUAAUGUUUCUCAAACAAUUCCACAUGCUCAUCAUCAGUCUCAUUCUCAUUCUCAUUCUCAUUCCCAUCCUCAUUCUUAUAUGAUGACGCCUCAUACCAUCAAACCCAUAGGUCAGGUUAUUCAAAACAAUUUCCCACCGUCAUCUAUCUUGGCUUUUGACGAAAAACAUCAAUCUCAUCAAAAAGACCAGAACGUUGGAUUGGAUUCUCACUCAGCACGUAUACAACAAACUCCUUGCCCUAGACCAUCCACUUCACUUGCUAUAUCUUCUGCAGGCAAGAAGAAGCUUCAUCCACCUAACGGUACUCCACUUGAAACACCUAUAUCAAAAUCGUCAUUCAAUAUCGGUUAUUCGAAUGCCCCGCCAAACAUCACCCCUUUGAGAACUCCAGUUUCAGUCUUGUCGACACGAACAAUGGGUCGAUCAAUCUCUACGCCAACUUUCCCCAUGAAUGCUUUACCAAUGAGCGCGCCAUAUACACUGUCGAACAGAUCAGCCGCCAGCACCAGAUAUUCUCCAUCAGCCGAAUCUCAAAGGUCUUCAUCUGUAUCUCGUACAGGCCCAAGAGGGAGAGCCACAUCUUUCUCUCCUUCACCUACUCCCUCUUCACCUUCGCCGAUUGAGCUAUCAGGUAUUCAGCCUCCCGCUGCAUUCCCUGGACCUUAUCCCACCGCUUAUACGCGUAAAGAUCCCGUCCCUUCUGACGAGGGAGAACCAGAAUCAGAGAACAAGCGAAGCGGUCGCCAAGGUGCUCCUAGCUGGAAUCCAUGGGAUUACGUUCUUGGAGAAGUUCCAGGUGGUGAACUGGGUCCCAAUUCAACGCCUGUCAAAGAGUGUGACGAUGGCAAAGGAAACAAGAUUAGAAGGAGAUUCACCAAAAGGGAAUUAGAAGCACUCGAAGUUCUCUGGAGUAUCACGAAGAGUCCAAGCAAAUAUGAAAGGCAAAGAUUAGGUGCAUGGUUAGGAGUAAAGACAAAGCAUAUCACCGUCUGGUUCCAAAACCGACGACAAGAAGAAAAACGAUACCGUCGAGAAGGAGCACCUGUUGAACCUCCUCCCCCGUCUCGGUCCAACCGAGGCACUUUCGAUCCCGUUACUGGCAAAUGGCGACCAGUCCCUCUGUCUUGCAUUUCCGGACUUCAACCUCCUCCUGAAGAGAAAUCCGCAGUCGUUCGUUCUAUCAGUGUUGGUGAUCUCACCAGGGACAUGUAUUUCGAAGCCCAUCCUCACAGUGAAGCUCAUUUGCCUACCCCUACACCUGCUUCGGGACGAUCAUACACGACCCAAGAUAAUGUCACUCCGCUUCCUAAAAGAGGUAUGAACAGCUCUCUUGACAACGUGCUUGAAGCUAGAGAAAGUGAAUAUGGCGAGAGCAGAAAACGGCAAUACAGACGAGCCAGCGGGGAUGUCCUGAUCAGAGGUGAAGGUCAAGACAAGCAUAGAGAGCUCUUGGCUCUCAUUCCUAGUGAUCCUCCUUCUAUGGAUUUAUCAGAGUUCGCCAUUGACGAAGACAAUGAUGAAGAAGAAGAAGAAGAAGAAGAGAACGACUCUCCUAAAAGAAAGCCUUUGGGUAGUAAUGGCGGAGCGAUGGGUCUUGACAGAAUGCUUAACGGUCCCUCUACUGCGGGUUUAGGCCGAGCCGCUUCACUCGACAUUCUCGCUUCGGCCCCUCGAACUAAAGGCAAAUAUUGGUCAUUGAAAUCCAACAGCAACAACAAUGGUCCACUCCAACCUCGAUCUAUGAACAGUCCAUUGGGUGCCAUCAAUCCUAAUAUCCCCAACAAACGACCCAUCCUUGCUCCUUUAGGUGAAGGCGCGUUGAAGCGAUCCGCAUCGCCUUUCUCCCAAACUAUUCCACCUAAACGCGCUAGAAUCGACGGAUCACGUCACAGACCUACAUCGACAUUCAAACAUAAAGAUUCAGAUCUGCGAUCGAGGAAUUCCGCAGUUUUGGAAUCACCCACAACUUCCUCAGGCAAAGAUUCCAAUUCCAACAACGAUAAAGAUGAAAGAGGUGAGAUGAAAACGCCUGGUUUUACUAGGAGUUUCUCAUUCUCAUCCAACAUGAGUGAUGGUGUGGCAAUCACACCUGAUAACGCUGUAUUAGCAAGAAAACGAUCCGAUGAAAACAACAACGAUAAGCAAACUAAAGACGCUACAGAAAAACAAAAAGAAAGAGAAAGAGACGCUGAGGUUCUUGGUGCAGCUGAAAAAUUGUUACAACUUCUUGGUGGAGCAUAA